AUGUCACUGGCCACGACUGCAACCACACAGCGAUCCGAGCCGCUGACGCGGGAGCAGUGGGAGUCGUACUUUGCUGACGAUGGCAGGGUGCUCAACCAAUCUGAGAUCCGCAAGCGCGUGUUUGCAGGUGGCAUUGACCCGGAAGUGCGGAAGGAAGUGUGGUUCUUCCUGCUGGGCGUGUACCCGUUCCUCUCCACUACUAGAGAACGAGAGGUGCUGAUGCGCACGCGACGCAUGGAAUAUCGUGCCAUGAAGGAGCGCUGGCAGGAGGAGUUUGAGCCAGAAAAGCAUGAUGCGGGCGACUCCUUCUCCGCAGCAGACGAUCUCGAUCCAGAAGACCAGUUUGCCUUUAUCCAGGCGAAGAUCACAGCCAUGGGUCACCAGUUUGACCGGCAAAAGGCAGACAGCUCCAUCCGCACGAUCAAGAAGGACGUGCCGCGAACGGACCGGGAGACGGAAUACUUCCGAGAGGAUGACAACAUCCAUCUGCAGUGGCUCAACGACAUCCUCAUCACAUACGCCGUCUUCCACGAGGAGGUUGGAUAUGUGCAAGGAAUGAACGACGUACUGAGCAUCAUCCUCCCAAUCAUUGAUGACGAGGUCGAGGCGUACUGGUGCUUUGCGCAGUAUCUGGAGACGAUUCAGGCCGAUUUCAUGGCCACGGGCAUGGUGCAGAACCUCAGGACGCUGGAGGAGCUUGUUGCCAUUAUGGAUCCAGACCUGCGGCGGCAUCUCAUCGAUGUAGAUGCGGGCGAGAUGAUCUACUGCCACAGCAUCGAGGCUGAGCGCGAGCGGAGCAAAGAGCGCCGGACACAGCGGCAGAAACAGCUCGGAGGCACAGAACUCGCACCCCAGGAGAAGGCCGAGGAAGCGGCUGGGGACACAUUUGAGACGAAGUACAAGUUUGAGCUGUUUGUGUGCAUUGCAAUUCUUGAGGAGUACCGGGACCAUCUCAUGGCGUGCGAAACGAUGGCCGACGUCUUCCAGUUCAUCAAUGGGCUGAGCGAGAAGAUGCAUCUUGACACGAUUCUGCUGCGGUCGGAGGAGGCGUUUUUCCGCUACUGCCGCGAAUCCGUGCACAGCACGCGCGGUGCCGACGACUACCUGCUCAAGAGCUGA